UGAAAGAUGUAGUGGCCUAUGUUGAAGUAUGGUCAUCCAAAGGAACAGAAAAUUAUUCCAAGACAUUUAUAAACCAACUUGUGGAUAUGGGGGCAAAGGUUUCAAAAACUUUUAACAAACAAGUAACUCAUGUUGUAUUCAAAGAUGGAUACCAGAGCACCUGGAACAAAGCUCAGAAGAGAGGAGUAAAGCUCGUUUCAGUGCUCUGGGUUGAAAAAUGCAGAACAACUGGAGUACACAUUGAUGAAUCAUUAUUCCCUGCAGCUAAUACUAAUGAACACUUAACAGGCCUAAUUAAAAAAAAACGUAAGUGUAUGCAGCCCAAAGAUUUUAUUUUAAAAUCACCAGAAAAUGAUAAAAGAUAUCAGAGGAAAUUGGAGAAAAUGGCCCAAGAGCUACAAAGGCAAAAAGCAACCAUAGAUAAUGAUAUACCUCUUCUCUUAUUUGAAUCUGAUGGUUCAUUGAUGUAUAGUCCAAUGAAAUAUCAUCGUAAUCACCACAGUGCAAUGGAGAAGAGAUUACAAGAAAUGAAGGAGAAAAGGGAAAAUCUCUCUCCUUCCUCUUCCCAGAUGAUUGAGCAGUCUCAUGAUAAUCCAGGUAACUCUCUGUGUAAAGCAUCUUUGACCAUUUCACAUGACACUUUAUGUUCAUAUGAGUCCUUUGCUGGUGGUUUACACUCAUCUUUUGAUGAUCUUUGUAGAAACUCAGUAUGUGGAAAUCAGGAAGGGAAACUGGGAGAAUCCAUUCUUGAAAUUAAAAGUGAUAUGUGUGUUUCCUCACCUGCAUCAAAAAUGCAUAGUAUUCAUUCAUCAGCAUCCUCCAAUUACCUCAACACACUAAGUCCUCAGAAAUCUAUAAGUAAUCUUUCAAAGGAAGAAACAAAUUGGCAAAGCGACACUGUAGGUAAAAUAGUCACCCCUGACAAAAAGCAAGCAGAAGCUGUGUCUAAGGAGAUGUUUGAUGAGAAACACAGUUUGUCUCCUACAUUACAUUUAACAACAGGCCACCUUUUGGUACAUUCAAGACCCAAGAGUUCCUCAGUAAAGAGGAAAAGAACAUCAGGUGACCCACAUUUAUCGCCAAAAGAAAAGUUAAAGAAACAAAGUUGCAGCAAGAGAUCCAUCAUGCCACAGUUGCAGCUUUUUAAGUCGGAAGACAACCCGCAGUUCAGGACCAAAUCUGCUCUUCAGACUCUUGAUUAUGGGGAGUCCUCGUAUGAUGAUUAUUUUUCACCUGAUAACCUUAAGGAGAGGAAUUCGGAGAAUCGUCCUCCUGAAUCUCAGCCAUCAUCAAUCCCUGCUCAAUUCAACCACGGAAGUCUUUCUAAGGAGGAGAGAGCAAGCGUAUUUAAAAUGUCUGAUUUUUCCUGCAUUGGUAAAAAGCAUCGAUCAGUUAAUGUUCCUGAUUUAACAACAAAAACUAGGCCUACUCCUCAGAAAAUUACGGUUGGUGAAGGCAGUGCCACUUGGAGCUGCGUGACUUUGGAGGAAGCACCUACCACUGCAGAAUCUACAGGGUGUUGUGGACAGGCCAGUGCUCGGCUGAGAGAAGACCCACGCCCUAGUGCAAGCCUCUUUUCUCACACUACUGAGGACUCACCUCAUCCAAGUGGAUCUUGUGGUGAUUCACCUCCUAUGAAGGGAAGUAGUGAAGAAAUGAAAGAAUUGAUUCACAUAGAAGACACACAGAAAGAAAGUACCACUCCCAAAAUGCCACAGUCUUCAGAAGGUGAAGCGCAACAAGAUUAUGAGCUAAGUUUUGUAGACGAUUGUCACGUGGAGAUAUCUGCAGGAGAAAAGGAAAACUUAUCCAGAGGAUAUAGCAAAAGUGUUAAAAAUAGACCAAGGCAUGAUGUUUUAGAUGGCUCAUAUGAAGAUUUUAAGGACCGUAUCAAACCGCAUGAGGAAUCAAAAAAAAGUGGAAAAGGCAGAAAGCCAACAAGAACAUUAGUCAUGACAAGCAUGCCAUCUGAAAAGCAGAAUGUCAUCAUCCAGGUUGUGAACAAAUUGAAAGGCUUUUCACUUGCACAAGAAGUCUGCGAGACCACCACGCAUGUGCUGUCCGGGAAGCCCCUCCGUACCCUCAAUGUGCUACUGGGCCUUGCGCGUGGCUGCUGGAUCCUCUCUUAUGAAUGGGUGAUGUGGUCUUUGGAGUUUGGUCACUGGAUUUCCGAGGAGCCAUUUGAGCUUUCAGACCACUUCCCUGCAGCUCCUCUGUGCCGUCGGGAGCGCCACCUGUCUGCACGGCAGUACCAGGGAACCCUCUUCUCCGACCAGCCCGUGAUGUUCAUCUCACCAGCCAGCAACCCCCCGAGGGCCAAGCUGUGCGAACUGGUCCUCCUGUGUGGAGGCCAGGUCAGCCGAGCACCACACGAGGCCAGCGUCUUCAUCGGGCCCCCCAGCGGACAAAAGACGGCAGUGGUCAAGUACCUGUCCGAGAAAUGGAUCUUAGAUUCCGUCACUCAGCACAAGGUUUGUGCUGCUGAAAACUACUUCUUGCCACAGUGAAGGAGACGUCACUAGCUCAUGACGACUGCACACAGCUCCCAAAACUAUCUUUGGACGUCCACAUGAGAAACAGAACUGUGAAGAGAAGGAGCUGAUGUAUAAAGAAUGCAAAGAAUGACUUCUGAUAUUACCACAUCUGCAUUGUGUUUUAUGGUUUUUCUCUUUUUUUUUUUUCUUUUUUUAGAGUCAGGCUCUUGCACUGCAGUCUCAAAACUCCUGGACUCAACAAUCCUUCC